AUGCUUAAUAUAUUUAUUUUAAUUAUUUCCUUUAUAUCUAUAUUGUCUAUAGAAUUAAAUAGAGAAGGGGCUAGAUUUUGUAAAUUUCCAAAGGCUUCAAGUAAUAAUGUUACAAAUACUGGUUUUUAUGUUAAAGGCGGCGAGGAUGUUGAUUUUGGAAUGCAACGAAUUAGAUUGAAUGGCAAUCCAGGAACUUGCGAUCCAAAAAUUCCGAAACAAUGGGGUUCUGUCAUAACUGUUGCGGAUGGUGGAACUGUAAGGAAUGUGAUACUUGGUGUCUCUUCGGAUGGUACUGCUGCUGAUAUUAAUUGUAUGGGGAGUUGUACACUCAAAAAUGUUUGGUGGGAAAAUGCCUGUUGGCGUGCGGCGAGCUUCCGUGCUACAGCAGAAUACAAUCGGAAACAUACAAACCAGGAAGGAGAUUCAACACAGCAAUACACAUAUAUCGUAGAUGGAGGAGGCGCUCUAGACGGCUUUCAAAAACUUUUCGAUCAAAGCGGACCAGGAAAGACUAUAGUAAAGAACUUUUGUGCAGUAAAUAGCCAGAUAAUUCUUCGAGCGUGUGGGGAUUGCGGGAAGCAAUAUCAACGAGAUUUAUCAAUUGUGGAUUCUAAAUUUAUGGGACCUGGAAUUUUAAUUAUUGGGCCUAAUCAUGACUAUAAUGACAAAGUAACUCUUCGAAACGUUUCUGUUUAUGGGUACAACAAUCCUGCAACUAAGAUUAAUUACGCAUGUGUCGAGGCAGAGCAAAAUGCUAAAAAUCCUUGGCAAUAUGCUUGGGCACCUGGACAAGCAGGAACUGGCAGUUCUUGUAAUUACCCUGCUACUGCAGUUAGAGUGGUUAAUUGA